GUAACAUUGGUUUAUGGUUCACAUCAAUUAUAAAGUUAGAGUAAGCUUGUAAUGUAAGUACUAUAGACCAACUUCAGAUCUGGGAUAACCAAUUGUUCAAGAAAUAAUUAAUUAACAUGGGUGUAAUUGACGAAAAGUCGAUUUUGUGGAAACCAGAUGUCCAGACAACUAACCAGAUUCGAUUGCUCACCGAUUAUUUGGUUUUCUAACUAACGAUUCUACUGGAUCCCAAAUGUCCGGAUUGAUCGGACUUCCUCUCAAAACAAAUCAUCGUUGAUAGUAGGACACUGAUGUGUCCAAAAUAUCAGAACUAAUAGCAGUAACGAACCCAGAGUUUGUAAUUACCAAGUUUAUACACGUUUCACUUAACAAAGGUCGUCAUGUCCGAAGUAAAGGACCCAGUUUGUAAAUACCCAGUCCAUAGACGUUCUACUGAACCAAAGACGCCAUGUUCGAAGUAACGAAUCCACAGUUCUUAAUGACAGAGUCUAUAGACAUUUUGCUGAACCAAGUUCACCAUACCUAAUUAAUUUAGAUUCGACAGAGACCCAUGUCUGCUUACAAAUAAAAUUAAUUUGCUCGGAAUAUCUUACAUAAAAAAAUAUAUUGUGUUCCGUAAUCGUGGUCGUUAUACUCGCAUACCAUAUUUUAUAUAAGUGUAAGUAUUGUAUGACCUUAAUAAUGGGGAUUUAUACGAGAUUAGUUUUCCGCCGAAAUAAAAGUAACGUAAAUUCUCUCCGGCUAUGCUAUAAUAUUUUCUUAAUCCUAGAUUAACACUACACUAGCUAACACAUAAACAAUGGCAGUAGGACACCAGUAUAUACCAUUAAACACAACAAAUCGAGGUACAAAGUAGACAGUGUAUUUUUAUUUGCGUCGUUUUGUAAAUAUGCUCAAUUAUAAAAUUUUGCAAAAUAACUACAUGAAUAAAUAUAAAUACUAAAACAAAUAAAAUGCAAUUAAUAAACUUCCGUCAAGAUUUUCUUGACCUGGAAAAAAUCAGUUACUGUAAUGAUACAUCAAGAGUACUAACGUUCAAAAUGGCGGCCGUUUCAGGCGUCCUGAGCAGGACGCACAGAAGUAGUGGUGUUUAGUACAGGAUGACAGACUGCUGACGUCUGACUGACACUAGGAUAUAUAAGUGGAUACCCACGUAACAUCACAAUGGGGGAAAAUGUCAUGUAUAACCAGUUCCUGUCAGGGGACCAUGGAAUGAUAAGCGGAUGUCCCAAUAUAGUGUUGUUGUUUCUGGCACUCCUAAUAUUGGUCGGAGCUAUUGUACUGGUAGCUUGUCUAAGUAAAAAAAAGAAGAAAGUUGCCCCGGAAGAAGUGAGUGCCGAGCCUGUGAAAUCAAAAGAAGAGGACCCGAAUCCAAAUUCGGAUGUAGUGGACGAUAUCGCAGAUGAAAUUGAUAAAUUUGCGGACCAGAAAAAGAAGAUGGCGCUUUAUCUCAGUUACCUGAAUACGCGAGACGGGGAGGGGCUCGCCAACGCCAACGCCAGGCGCUUCUUGAUUGCGACAAAGGGGCGCAACAUCGUAAAUAACCCCAACUUUGAGGAGGAGGUCGAGGAGAUAAUAGAUGAGGACCAAAUGGAGUACCUAGAGAGGCGCCGACGCGCUAUGGUUAACCAACUUAACAACGUGAUGGGGGUCGAGAAAAAGAAAGGACAGCAGCGCAAGAACAAAGCUAACAAUUUUAUGUGAGACAGCCCUCGGUAGCUCUGUGGGACAGCCUCUCGAUAUCUCUGUGGGACAGCCUCUCGAUAGCUCUGUGGGACAGCCUCUCGAUAGCUCUGUGAGACAGCCUCUCUGUAGCUCUGUGAGACAGCCUCUCUGUAGCUCUGUGAGACAGCCUCUCGGUAGCUCUGUGAGACAGCCUCUCGAUAGCUCUGUGGGACAGCCUCUCGAUAGCUCUGUGGGACAGCCUCUCGAUAGCUCUGUGAGACAGCCUCUCUGUAGCUCUGUGAGACAGCCUCUCUGUAGCUCUGUGGGACAGCCUCUCGGUAGCUCUGUGAGACAGCCUCUCUGUAGCUGUGUGAGACAGCCUCUCGAUAGCUCUGUGGGACAGGCUCUCGGUAGCUCUGUGAGACAGCCUCUCGGUAGCUGUGUGAGACAACCUCUCUGUAGCUCUGUGAGACAGCCUCUCGGUAGCUCUGUGAGACAGCCUCUCGAUAGCUCUAUGAGACAGCCUCUCGGUAGAUCUGUGGGACAGCCUCUCGGUAGCUCUGUGGGACAGCCUCUCUGUAGCUGUGCGAGACAGCCUCUCUGUAGCUCUGUGAGACAGCCUCUCGGUGACUCUGUGAGACAGCCUCUCGGUGACUCUGUGAGAUAGCCUCUCGAUAGCUCUGUGGGACAGCCUCUCUGUAGCUGUGCGAGACAGCCUCUCUGUAGCUCUGUGAGACAGCCUCUCGGUGACUCUGUGGGACAGCCUCUCAAUAGCUCUGUGGGACAGCCUCUCGGUGACUCUGUGAGAUAGCCUCUCGAUAGCUCUGUGGGACAGCCUCUCUGUAGCUCUGUGAGACAGCCUCUCGGUAGCUCUGUGGGACAGCCUCUCAAUAGCUCUGUGGGACAGCCUCUCGGUGACUCUGUGAGACAGCCUCUCGGUGACUCUGUGAGAUAGCCUCUCGAUAGCUCUGUGGGACAGCCUCUCUGUAGCUCUGUGAGACAGCCUCUCGGUGACUCUGUGAGACAGCCUCUCGGUAGCUCUGUGGGACAGCCUCUCUGUAGCUGUGUGAGACAGCCUCUCGGUAGCUGUGUGAGACAGCCUCUCGGUGACUUUGUGAGACAGCCUCUCGGUGACUCUGUGAGACAGCCUCUCGGUAGCUCUGUGAGACAGCCUCUCUGUAGCUCUGUGGGACAGCCUCUCUGUAGCUGUGUGAGACAGCCUCUCGAUAGCUGUGUGAGACAGCCUCUCUGUAGCUCUGUGGGACAGCCUCUCUGUAGCUGUGUGAGACAGCCUCUCGGUGACUCUGUGAGACAGCCUCUCGGUAGCUCUGUGGGACAGCCUCUCUGUAGCUGUGUGAGACAGCCUCUCGGUAGCUGUGUGAGACAGCCUCUCUGUAGCUCUGUGGGACAGCCUCUCUGUAGCUGUGUGAGACAGCCUCUCUGUAGCUCUGUGAGACAGCCUCUCUGUAGCUGUGUGAGACAGCCUCUCGGUAGCUCUGUGAGACAGCCUCUCGGUGACUUUGUGAGACAGCCUCUCUGUAACUCUGUGAGACAGCCUCUCGAUAGCUCUAUGGGACAGGCUCUCGGUAGCUCUGUGAGACAGCCUCUCUGUAGCUGUGUGGGACAGCCUCUCUGUAGCUCUGUGAGACAGCCUCUCGGUGACUUUGUGAGACAGCCUCUCUGUAACUCUGUGAGACAGCCUCUCGAUAGCUCUAUGGGACAGGCUCUCGGUAGCUCUGUGGGACAGCCUCUCGAUAGCUCUAUGAGACAGCCUCUCUGUAGCUCUGUGAGACAGCCUCUCGGUAGCUCUGUGGGACAGUCUCUCGGUAGCUGUGUGGGACAGUCUCUCGGUAGCUCUGAUAAGUUCAUUUCAGGUGUCGUAUCUGUGAUUCACCAUUUCACAUUAAAGAUUAGUUUCUUUUUUUUCAUCCUGCAACCGAACAUGGUCAUUCUAAUCAGUGGUCCGUAUAUACAUUGUAUACUGGUCACAGUAAAUGUAUGGAAUACAGUCCUUUGAGUAGCUGGAAGUGACAAGUACAAUAGUACAUGUCUACAUAAACGUGUAUUUUACCUACGAGUCAAUACCCCAUAUCGAUAUCAAAAUGUUAAAAAGUAUACGUGUACAAGCACAUUGUAAGUACAUGAAUGUCCAUAGAUUUGACAGAAUUAUAGAAACAGGAUAUCUGAUACUCAUCUUUACUGUAUCUGCAUUAAAAAACAUUCCACACAA